CCUUCGCCGUGUGAUUUGUCGUGCGCGAAAGAAAGAACAAAAAUUCAUCCAAAUGUACUUUAAUCGUGUCGACAUCGAAUCGAAUGCACCGUAACUAUCACCGUCGAUCGCAAUCUGUAUCGUCGUUGCGUAAAUUCCGUAUAUUUCGCGCAAUUCCCGUAUGUUUCAGUGACCGUUCUUCUUCUUGUCUGUUUCGCGAGAUCUCGAUCGAUCGAUCAGUCGCGCGACAGUGGUAACCAAUUUAAAGUUAACGCAAAACAAAACAGAAGACAAAGUGGUAAUAGUACUGUCGCGCCGUGGAAGUGCAUUCGCUGACGCAGAUCCUGAAAACAACGCGUUCCUCUGGAGGCACUCAGGAGACAGUCAAGAUCUAUUGCUGCCCGGAGAUGUCGGAAAGUCAAGUUCUUAGCCGAAGGCGAUCAUGACAGGAACAUACCGGAGAUCGGUGAGUACAGCUAUUCAAUGAUGUAAGGUAUCAUGUACGCCAGUGUUAUAAGCUUCGGCGCUAUUACAUGCCAAUUGCACCAUCUUUCGAAGAUUACGACACGACGAUCUGCCCCGUAAAAGCACUACAAUAUAGCACAGCUCGCAAGUCUGUGUUCGCAUGUGACUACUAAAAAGAAAAAGCGCGUACGAAGAUGAGGAGCAAUUUGCCAGGGGCGCUACUACCCCUGGUGAAGACAUUGUUGAUGAAGAAGACGGUAAUCCAGAAGGUGAGGGUGGUAUCAACAGCUUUCCCUUAAGAAUGGCGGCAGACGCAGCGAGGGGUCGGCUCAUCGCCGCCGCGGGCGGUUUCCUACGGGGUGCCGGACAACAUGUAAACUUCGAUCCCGAAGCGCCACCACUGCCGCAACAACAAACGAUCAAUUUGCUUGAACGACCGGAAAUCGACAAAAAAGUCAAAAGACACAGCAUACACGGCAUGAUGGAGGAAGAGAAUGUGGUGAGACCUCAUCAGGAAAUGGCCAGCUUGUCGCUUCAAGAGAAGAAAUAUCUUCUCGCCGUCGAGCGCGGAGACGUGGCUUCCGUCAGAAGAAUGCUACAAAAAGCCCAGGAGGCUGAUAUUAACAUCAACUGCGUGGAUCCUCUCGGGCGGUCGGCUCUUCUCAUGGCGAUCGAUAAUGAAAAUCUAGAGAUGGUGGAGCUUUUAAUAGAGCAUAAGGUCGAUACUAAAGAUGCGCUGCUUCACGCUAUCUCUGAGGAAUUCGUCGAAGCCGUAGAGGUCCUUUUGGAACACGAGGAGAGCCUUCACAGGAACGGCGAGCCACAUAGCUGGGAGGCUCUACCUCCUGAUACAGCCACGUUCACGCCCGACAUUACGCCAUUGAUCCUGUCGGCCCACAGGGACAACUACGAAAUCAUAAAGAUUCUCCUCGAUCGUGGAUCCACUUUGCCAAUGCCGCACGAUGUACGAUGCGGAUGCGACGAGUGCGUGACAUCAAGGAUGGAGGAUUCCCUGAGGCAUUCGAGAAGUCGAAUAAACGCCUAUCGAGCUCUAGCGUCGCCAUCUUUGAUAGCGCUAUCGUCUAAAGAUCCCAUUCUGACUGCGUUCGAGCUCUCCUGGGAACUUCGACGACUCUCGUUCCUGGAGCACGAAUUCAAGUGCGAAUACCAGGAGCUACGGAAACAGUGCCAAGAUUUUGCCACCGCUUUGCUGGACCAUACUAGAAGUUCCUACGAGCUCGAAGUCCUGCUGAAUCAUGACCCUACGGGACCAGCCUUCGAGCACGGAGAGAGAAUGCAUCUCAACCGUUUAAAAUUAGCAAUUAAACUGAGACAAAAAAAGUUCGUAGCGCAUCCGAACGUGCAGCAGUUACUGGCAUCGAUUUGGUAUGAAGGUCUGCCGGGAUUCCGACGGAAGAACAUGUUCCUCCAAGCACUGGAAAUCGUUAGGAUCGGUAUUCUUUUCCCGGUCUUCAGCGUGGCGUACAUAAUCGCACCGCACAGCAUGGUCGGUCAAACUAUGAGAAAGCCGUUCAUCAAGUUCAUCUGUCAUUCCGCAUCGUAUUUCACUUUUCUAUUCAUGUUAAUUCUGGCUAGCCAGCGGAUAGAAAGCCUGAUCGGUAAUUGGAUGGGACACGACUUCCUGGCGGAAAACGAACCAACGCCAACAAAAAGAGGCGCCGCACCUACGAUCGUGGAAUGGUUUAUAUUGGCCUGGGUGUCGGGGCUGAUCUGGUCAGAGGUGAAACAAUUGUGGGACGUGGGUCUAGAGGAAUACGUGCACGACAUGUGGAACGUGAUCGACUUCGUUACAAACUCGCUUUACGUGGCCACGGUCGCGCUCAGAGUCGUGGCUUACUACAGAGUGCAGAACGAGAAGGAGAACGAGGGGCUGCUCCAGCGUGAGCAGUGGGACACUUGGGACCCGAUGCUUAUCUCCGAGGGCCUCUUCUCCGCCGCCAAUAUCUUCAGCUCGCUUAAGCUCGUUUACAUAUUCUCCGUAAAUCCGCAUCUCGGCCCGCUGCAAGUCUCCCUGUCGAGAAUGGUCAUGGACAUUAUGAAGUUCUUGUUUCUCUACAUGCUUGUUCUCUUCGCCUUUUCGUGCGGUCUUAAUCAACUUCUAUGGUACUAUGCCGACAUGGAAAAGAAACGAUGUCCCACAGCGUGGGCGUAUCCGCCUAACGCCAACGUUACCACCGAUUCUAACGCGUGCAUCGUUUGGCGCCGAUUUGCAAAUCUGUUCGAAACCAUUCAGACCCUAUUCUGGGCGGUUUUUGGUUUGGUUGAUCUCGAGAGCUUCGAGCUGGACGGCAUCAAGGUAUUCACCAGAUUCUGGGGCAUGUUGAUGUUCGGCACUUACUCGGUCAUCAACAUCGUCGUUCUAUUGAAUCUUCUAAUCGCUAUGAUGAAUCACUCCUAUCAACUAAUCUCGGAGCGCGCCGACGUCGAGUGGAAGUUCGCGAGGAGCAAACUUUGGAUCAGCUAUUUCGAGGAGGGUGGAACUGUUCCUCCGCCGUUCAACAUCAUACCGACUCCGAAGAGCGCAUGGUACGUCGGACAAUGGUUGUAUCGGAAGCUCUGUGGACACAGUAGGGCGGCCAAGAAGGAACACAUGCGCACGAUCAGGCGAAAGGUGAAGCAGGCUUCCGAGAGAGAUUUCAGAUAUCAAAGUAUCAUGAGAAAUUUGGUAAGAAGAUACGUGACAGUGGAACAACGAAAAGCGGAAGGCGAAGGUGUCACAGAGGAUGAUGUAAAUGAGAUCAAACAAGACAUCAGUGCAUUUCGUUGCGAGCUUAUUGAGAUAUUGAAGAACUCCGGCAUGAAUACUUCUACCGCAGCGAGCAGCGGUACCGACGGUAGCCUUAAAGAGCUGUCCAUAGGUGCGGGUGGCAAGAAGAACCGCCAAAAAGAGCGACGUUUGAUGAAGGGUUUUAACAUCGCGCCGCAGCCAGGAGGAAGCAGCAAUUUGCCGCCUGUUGCCGAGUUCAUCGCGUCUCUCGCAUCUCAGGCUCAGCAGGAAACCUCGCAUCAUGACCUAUUUGGCUCGACACUAAGCGGCAUAGCAUCGUUCGGGCCAGGCAUGACCUCGAAGAAGAGCCUGCAUUACACCAGCACCAACAGCGUGCCCGGAUUGGGCACCGGGCUACGACAACGACGCUGCACUAGAGGUAGCUCUCGAAAAAAACGCUGGGGAACUUUGAUCGAGGCGGCGAAAGCCGGUAAAGUCUCCAGGCUGAUCGGUAGAUCUCGUUCAGAAGAUUCAGUAUAUUCACCGGCGUCCGAGGACGGCGGCGGCUCGCGAUCCGAAGGUUCCUCAGACUCAAAAUCCUCGUUGGAAGUGGUCAGUCACGACGUACAAAGCGCGCAUCAUUCUCAUCACUCACAUUCUCACGUCCACCACGCUCACCAUCACGAAGCACAUCAUAUGUUCGGCCACGGCCUGGGUCCGGCCUUGGCCGCUCUAAGGAAGAAACGUAAGAAGUUCUCCGCUUCAAGGUCGUCCACGUCCGCGAUGACCAGCAGCACCAACACAAAUCCUCCGGAUACCAGCACGUUACAAUCGGUCGCGACCGCUUUGGUGUCCAGAGUUUCGAAGAAACAACUGCAGCGCGCGAGCAGCGUACCCACUCGCGGUCCCGAAUUGACACCACAGUCAUCGCUAACGUCCCGACGACACGAGGUCACACAAAGUCAACAACCAAGCCUCGACAUCGUCGAGAUCACCAGUAUCAACGAGCAGCAAGGUAUUGUCAGCGCAAUUCCACUGACACCGUCGACCACUGAGGAGAGCGUGGUGGCGAGCGGCUCGACGUCAAUCACGGUGAAGCGAAACGGAUCGGCGACGCAACUACAACGUCUUCCUGGUAUCGAACCGAUUUCCGGCCACGACGUGUCCACCGGCUGGCUCUGAGGAAACCGACGUGUCGCCGACAAGCGGCGGCCUACCAGCUGACACAGGAAGCAUCAGUCGGAUCUUAGCUUCGAGCUUCAUUUUCAACGGCCAUGAGGCUAGGACGACGCCAACGACGAUCGUACACGCACGCGGAACGACCGUCCCAACGUCGUCGGCAGACGCACAAUGAUGCCUUUCUUGCGACGCGACGCGCCACGCUGAUUAAACGUAAGAGCGACGUCAAUCUCUAAGAACCCCAGUUUUCUCGUCGACCCACCGAAAACACUCUCCUUCGUACACGAGUAAAGUCUUUUAGUUUGAGUGUGACUUCCUGAUAUACGUGAAUCGUAUGAUGUCUGAUACUAAGCAAUGGCUCGGGUAUAAUUACACUUUUAUUGGUAUGUUUAUAUAUAUAUAUCUUUGUUUUAUUAUUUAUAUAUAUUUUUACACAUAUUUAUUUUAUAAUAUGUAUUUUAUACAUAUAGUGAGCGAGUUUAUCCUGAGAUAACUUGUUUAAUAUUUUCUUUUUCAAUUUAAGCAUUUUAAUAUUAUAUACAGAUACUAAAUAAUAUUCUGUAUGAUGUGUUUUAUUUUGACACAUCAUCAAAAAUGAUGAAAUAUCUUACAUUUACAUUUAAUUGUUUGACGGCGCGAAAGUUUUUUUGUUCUCGCAAUUGCCGGAACUUUUUCGUAUGAAUUAUCUUGGAACGACAAUAGGUUGUAUAUUGGGAAUUACUACUACUACUAUUACUGCCAGAACGGAAGUGGCAUGCGUGGGUCGGCGGUAAAUAGUCUAGUCAACACUAGUCAGUCAGAUCUCGUAACGGAAAAGCGAGACAAACGUUAUAUUAUUAAGUUAAUUAUAUUGAGAGACGAUAAAUUAUGUUACGUCACAAACAGAAAUCGUGAAUAGAAAAAAAAGUCGAAUAUUUAUCGCAUCUUCAGGUAGCUGGUCUACUGAAGAACAGAGUUCUUAUAUACAACUUCUUGAUUCGCUUCUAUUUUUUUGAUAAUUUAUUUCUUCUCUGUAUAUUUCUUAUAGAUUUAUUUCAGUCGUUAAUUGAUCGAUACAAUCAUCAUUGCCAACGUAUUUUUAUUAUUUUUAUUCUACGAAGUAAUUUAAAACGGCCACAAAUGGUGUCGAGAGGUGAUUAUAUAAUAAUUCUUAUGUAAGAUAAGUGUGCCAUAUAUAUAAGUUGCAAAAGAGAACAAUUGGAUUCUUAAAGUUCAAAAUAUUCAAUCCUAUCUGAACAUUACCGAACUUGCAAUCGCGAUGACAGUUUGCGCUUUAAAGAUCCAACGCGUACUCUGUAUUAAAAGGCUGCCGGAUAUCUGCGAAAUCUUUUGUUGUAUCAAAUCGGCGGAAAACGAUUCGCAUGAUUCAGCUGAAUUUUUUGCAAGAAGUAUAGAAACACAAGUGGCACGACCAAAGAACAUAUGCCGUAGCAUAUAGUCGAGUAGUGGCCUAAAGAGACCGAGAGCGUCCGUACUAUUUCCUAUAUAUUACGUGUGUGUACGUUAAUGAUGAUUAUUAAUAAUUAUAUAAUAAUUAUUAUUGUUAAUGUUAAAAAUAAAAAACGAAUCACGCGCGAUCCGCAUCACGGGUAAGUUCUCGAAGAGCGAACAGCCCUUAAGGGCAUUGUCCAGUCACUCGCGUUGACUCUUUUUUCUUUUCCGUCUUCUCCCGUAUGUCAUCGAUCUUCCCGUGUUCACGAUAGCGUCUUUAAAAAAAGAAAUAUAUAUAUAGUUAUUGUUAAAAAAAUGCUAUACAUCUACCAAGCAGCUUGAAUCGUUUUUACAUCACAUCGAAUUGUAUGAACAAUAAAAAAAUAUUAUUAUUUUUCAAAUAAUAUUCCAAAAAAUUUUUUAUGCAAAUUAAUGAAAAAAAACGCAUAGUCAACAAGUUAUCAAAAAUAAAGCUGCACAUUGUUGCUGUGGAUAAAAAUUACUCGAAACAAUUACGCAAUGUGCAUGUGAUCUCAAGAUUGGUCGCAUGAUAUGACGAUUAUUCUUGGUGGAUAUGUAGCAAUUUAGUCGUUAUAUUAUGUGUAUUGUUUAUAUGAGAUUAUUAAUGGAACUAUACAAAGAGUUAGCUCUUCAGUUGAUAGUGAGUGAAUGUUCGUCGUAAAGAAAAGAAACAAAAAUAUUUUACCGCGAACAAACCGGAACCAACUGAUUUUAAUAGACGCGAGAUAUAGACCCAGAAUUUUAUUUCAAUAAAACGACGAAUCCUGCGAGUCCGAUCGAGUUUUUUUACAAUUACAGAUGUAACCUAACAUAAGCACAAAUGGAAUUCUAUUCGCAAAACGUGUACGUGUAAACGCCGUAAACACACGUGUUAUAAAAGAUGAACAAUUGCAAUAGAAUUGAGAAACUUCUCGAGUUUGGAAAUUUUUGGAUAUUUUCCAAAGUCAUCUGAUCGCAAUUCGAAGUUUGUAGCGGAUUUAUAGGCGCACAAAUCACUUAGCUGGAGCGUAAGAUAACAAGCAUGUUAUCCGACAUAUUAAUCGUUCCAACGACCGUAUUGUUGUUUGAGGCGAUAUAUACUACAUUACAAAAUGUAGUUGCAAAAGUGCAAAUAGUGAGAGUCGAAAUCCGACUGAAUUUCUCACAACCGAAGAAUUAAUUCGAAUUACAUUUUUUUUUUCAUUAAAUGUACGUAUAUACAAUUUUUUUAUAAUACACAUAGGUUUCAUCAAUUGUAAAAAUCUUUUUCUUUCUGAUUUUGUUUAACGUACAACAAUUGUGUACAUGUAAUUCCACAAUUAAGUGCUUUUUUUGAUACAAAAUUCAUCUGUAACAAUAAACGAUGAAGAGUUUAAUUAAACGGAUAUUGUGUCAAGAGGCAAAAUGUAUUAUUUAAU